GCAAAAAUAAGUCGCAAAGUACGUUAUCGUCUGUAAUCCCCACUUUGCCCUACAUAAGAAAACGUCUACACAUGUUGGCACUUUCCAGAUUUUUGUAUACCGCUGCAUGCAUAUGUAUAUAGCCCGUAUUUGUACGGUGCAAGCGACUGAAAAAGUACGCAGGCGCAAAGGUUUGUGGGUUGGGGUUUGGGUUCUUGUGUUUACAGCCUAUAUACCUUAUGGAUACUGGAAGUGACAUAGUCGAGACAGUGUAGCAUCGGGCAGACAGGAGGGUGUAUUAUACUACUUUCAUUCAUGUGCUGCCUUUCAUUUAGUAGCCAUGGAUGACAAGAUCUCUGUGGGAAAAAUUAGUGUAUCUUCAGAUUCUGUGUCCACUGUAAAUAGUGAGGAUUAUGUCGUUGUCUCUCAUCAAGGAGAUGAUACACCAUCUACAAAUAAUGGUAGUGAUGAUGAAAAAACAGGACUGAAGAUUGUUGGUGCCAGAGACCAACAACAGCUUCAGAAGGAGUUGGAAGAUGUUUUGAUGGAUCCAUCUGUGGAGGACCAAGAAGUUCGUGGAAAUCAUGCUGAGCAAGUACAGACACCAGUACAGACAUUAGAAGAAGUGGAGAAUUCUCAGUCUGAAGUUCCACUUACAGCAGAUUCUUUUCACACCGAGCCUGGGACCAUGUUUCAGAAGCAGAGUAUGAGUCUACCAGUAAAAUCAGUGGAGGAAGGUUCCCCUGAUUCAAGUCCAUCUACACCAGUGCCUGACGAAGAUAGUGUUGUGUUCAGCAAGUUGACUUACUUGGGCUGUUCAACUGUUAAUGCACCACGAAGUGAAACAGAGGCCCUGAGGAUGAUGGCUGUUUUGCGGAGCCAGUCUGAAACUGAAACCCCUCUUAAUGUGACACUUUCUGUGCCAAAUGUUUCUGAAGGAACUGUAAGGCUUUUUGAUCCAGAUACAAAUGCAGAAAUUGCAAAUUACCCAAUCUACAAGAUUUUAUUUUGUGUGAGAGGACAUGAUGGUACUCCUGAAAGUGAUUGUUUUGCAUUUACUGAAAGCCACCACAAUGCAGAAAUAUUUCGAAUUCAUGUCUUCCGAUGUGUAAUCCAAGAAGCGGUGAGUCGAAUCCUAUAUAGCUUUGCUACUGCUUUUCGACGCUCUGCAAAACAGAUUCAGUUUCCAGUAAAUCCUCCACCUUCCACACCAGACAGUGAUAUCUUCACAUUUAGUGUUUCAUUGGAAAUCAAAGAAGAUGAUGGAAAAGGUUACUUCAAUGCUGUCCCCAAAGAAAAAGACAAGCAGUGUUUUAGACUUCGUCAAGGAGUGGACAAGAAGAUUUUUAUUUAUGUACAGCAGACAUCUAAUAAGGAACUGGCUAUAGAAAGGUGCUUUGGACUUCUACUUAGCCCUGGAAAGGAUGUACGAAACAGUGACAUGCAUCUUUUAGAUCUGGAGUCUAUGGGCAAAAACUCAGAUGGAAAAUCCUAUGUUAUUACAGGAACUUGGAAUCCAAAUUCACCACAUUUCCAAGCUGUGAAUGAGGAAACUCCUAAAGAUAAGGUGCUUUAUAUGACAGUAGCUGUUGAUCUUGUCAUCACUGAGGUGCAAGAACCUGUUCGAUUUCUUUUGGAGACUAGAGUUCGUGUUUGUUCUCCUAAUGAGCGACUGUUUUGGCCUUUCAGUAAACGGACUUACACAGAAGUCUUCUACUUAAAACUGAAACCGAUAGAGCGAAAAGAAAGAAAAAGUAACAGUGACACCCUGUAUGAAGUUGUAAGCCUUGAAAGUGAAAGUGAACUUGAAAGGAGAAAGACCACAGCUGCACCUGCAGUUCGAUUGCCACAGUCUGGAUCACAAAGCUCCAUGAUUCCGUCUCCCCCAGAGGAUGAUGAAGAGGAAGAUAAUGAUGAACCCCUUCUGAGUGGCUCUGGGGAUGUUUCCAAAGAAUGUGCUGAAAAAAUUCUUGAAACGUGGGGAGAUCUUCUUUGUAAAUGGCAUCUCAAUUUAAGCGUAAGGCCAAAAACACUAUCAUCAUUGGUAAGAAGUGGAGUUCCAGAGGCUCUAAGAGGAGAAGUGUGGCAGUUGCUGGCUGGAUGUCACAACAAAGAUCAUCUUGUUGAAGAAUAUCGAACUCUUAUCACAAAGGAGUCUCCUCAGGACAGUGCCAUUACCAGGGAUGUCAAUCGAACAUUUCCUGCUCAUGAUUAUUUUAAAGAUAAUGGUGGAGAUGGACAAGAUUCUUUAUACAAAAUUUGCAAGGCCUACUCUGUGUAUGAUGAAGAAAUUGGUUAUUGCCAGGGUCAGUCUUUUCUUGCUGCUGUUCUUUUGCUGCAUAUGCCUGAAGAACAGGCUUUCAGUGUUCUUGUCAAAAUUAUGUUUGAUUAUGGACUCAGGGAACUUUUCAAACAGAAUUUUGAAGAUCUGCACUGCAAGUUUUAUCAACUGGAGAGGUUGAUGCAGGAGUAUAUUCCUGACCUAUACACUCAUUUCUUGAACAUCAAUCUUGAAGCCCACAUGUAUGCCUCCCAGUGGUUUCUUACUCUGUUCACUGCAAAAUUCCCUCUUUACAUGGUCUUCCAUAUCAUCGACCUGCUCUUAUGUGAGGGAAUAAGUGUUAUUUUCAAUGCUGCACUUGCUUUACUAAAGACUUCAAAGGAUGAUCUUCUGUUGACAGACUUUGAAGGAGCAUUAAAGUUCUUUCGAGUGCAGCUUCCAAAGAGAUACAGAUCAGAGGAAAAUGCCAAAAAGCUAAUGGAACUGGCUUGUAGCAUGAAGAUCAGUCAGAAGAAGCUGAAGAAAUUUGAAAAAGAAUACUACACCAUGAGGGAGCAACAAGCUGAACAAGAAGACCCCAUUGAAAGGUUUGAGCGUGAGAACAGACGUCUUUUAAAAGCAAAUUUGAGGCUUGAACAGGAAAAUGAUGAUCUUGCUCAUGAACUUGUUACUAGCAAAAUUGCACUUCGGAAGGAUCUUGAUAACGCAGAAGAAAAGGCUGAUGCAUUGAACAAGGAGCUACUUAUCACAAAACAGAAAUUAGUUGAUGCUGAAGAAGAAAAAAGGCGUCUGGAGGAAGAGUCAGGACAGUUGAAAGAAAUGUGUCGAAGAGAACUAGACAAAGCAGAAUCCGAAAUCAUAAAGAAUAGUUCAAUCAUAGGAGAGUACAAGCAGAUCUGCUCUCAGCUGAGUGGGAGGCUAGAAAGAAACCAGAGUGCAAAUAGAGCGGAAAUUGAAAAAAUCAGAAAACAGGUUGAGGUUUGUGAACGGUGUAGAGAGAUCUUCAACAAAGAAGGAGCCUUAAAGAUUCCCAGUUGUGUCAAGGAAGGUUCUGAAGAAGAAACAGAUGAGGAGAAACAGGAACUGCAAAAUAAAUUGAGAGAAAUGGAACUUGAACUGGCUCAGACUAAACUGCAACUUGUUGAAGCAGAGUGCAAAAUACAGGACUUGGAGCAUCAUUUAGGUCUGGCUCUGAAUGAGGUGCAGGCAUUAAAGAAGACUUGGUUUAACAGGACUUUAACCUCCAUUAAAACAGUGACUGGCACACAAGGCAAAGAGACUUCUUAAAACUGUACUCAUUAUUCAGUGUAACACCUUAUGUUGCCUUUCUUGGCCAUCUGUUUUGUUCUUUAACAUGGUAGGGGGACCAGAAUGUGUGUAAGGUAGAUUUGCUGUCUAAUGGUUUUAAAAACAUUUGUUUUAACUCCAGUUGGGAACAACUACAGACUGUACUUCAGUGGAUUUGAUGUUACAGAGGUCUUCAUUGUUACUGAAGCAGUAAUUAACAAGUGAACUAACAGUACUGGAGUGAUUGUGCUUGCACAGGUAAACACUCCGUUAUUCUGUCUCACAUGAGACGUGCACAAAGUUUGAAAACGUAGGUACGCGUUUUGACCAAAACUGUAACAGUUAACCUAACAGUAAAUACAUUUUUCUUCAGCACUAUUAAUUGAAAUAGUUAUGUUUGAAACAUAGUAUUCACUCAAAAGCAGGAUGAAUAAUGCAAAGGUUUGUGGCACAGAACAAAUAGAAUACUUGAUGCUUCUCUGCAGUAAGGUAAAGGGGUUAGUGUAAUGUUAAAUGUUGAUGUACUUCAAUGGUGUUGGUUUUCCAGUCUCCCUAGCUCAACCUUUGUUCUGUUAUAACAACUUUUAUAAUGUGUUCCUCAAAUAAGUAAUUACUAGCACUUCUUCAAAUGGUGUCAAGUUAUCACUAUGCAACAAUGUAGAAAAACCUGGUUAUGCAUAGGAGGUCACUGAACUCUGAAAAUAACAUGCAGUAGUUUAAAGACCAGUGCACACCUUGUACAUGGUCUAAAAUGGAGGGAAGGGCAGCAGCUUUUUUUUGGUAUCAGGCUGGAUUUAUUAAAGAUAAUGUGGCAAUCUCUGAUUGAAUUUGACUAGCAAGUGAAUAUUGGAACCUACAGUAUUUUUACUUAAUGGCAUACUCAGAGAAGAGUCAUGUUCACAGUAUGGAAAAUGAUGCAGACUGGUUAUGAAUACAGAUUUUAUCAUGCUGCAAUAGGCUCUGCCUCAGUUUGCUAAUUUUUAAUUAAGUAAAAAGGCUUCCUAUACAGAAAGUAGUCCAUACAAAUUAUUUAGUAUGCUGUUAAUAACAUUUUCUUCUAAGAUGUCAUACAGUUAAAUUAGAAAAAAAUCAUGCAACAGUGGAAUAAAAUAAUGAAUUACUUUAAUUGAUAUAAUCUAGAAAGAUAAGUGUAGAAAUGAGAUUACCGCACCUUACUUGGACUUGCAGUGGUAUUUGUGCCACUGAGUUAACUGUUGCAUCAGUGACUAUAUAGUGAUGAAGCUGGUCUAAAAUGAGAGGCACUGGGUUGUACAUAAAAUUAUAUGAAUUUAUUUUAUAUUUCUACUGUUUUGGUUAGGAUGUACUAAUGCUGGCUAAUGUAUGUAACUUUGAAGUAUGACACUGUAAAAUCUUUGUCCCUCAAUGUCCUACAUUUGUCUAAUGUGUUUAAUGCCAAAAAAUUGUAACAUCAUCCAGCAUUAGAGGUCCAGACACUGUACUAUGUAUACUUUAUACAGAUUUAAAUAUAUACUAGUUAAACAUGUACAUCUGUUAUUUGUCUUAUGUGUUACAGUAAGACCAGCUGAAGCUUAUUUAUUUAAAAUAACACAUGCUCAUUCUUUAAGACUACAGCUGUGUUCACAGAAUUGGUUAUUUCUAAAACUGUGGGUUGCGAGAAUGUCUAACUUGGUUGAAAUGCAUUUUAAUUCUUACUAACAGUCAUCAAUUUUACUUGAUUUUAAUAGCCAAAACUCUGCAUUGUUUUGUAACAGUUAAAGAAAAAUGCCUUAUGCAGGAAACAAAUAAAUUUGUUGUGUGUGAGGUCUGGUCUUUCUGUUCCAGAUUAACAGUUUUAAGAAUAAGUUCAUGUAAGAAAAACUCUCUGCACAAAACUACAUGAAUGCACUAUGCCUUUAGAUAGCAUGGUAAUCUAUUAUAAAGUUCAUGUUCUAAAAUAGUAGUCAUGGAUUUUCAGCAUGCUUUUAUAUCAUUGUAGUUCUGUUGAUCAAUGUUAAUAGCCAUGUGCAUAUAAUUCUUGUUGAAAGAGGAGGUAAGGAUGUCUCUUUGUGGGUUUGUACAGGCCAGCAUAAUCAAAGAAACACUUCUGAGAUGAAGCUGAAAUGAACUACAGGCAUAUUAAGUUUUAUUCAUAUCACUGGCCAUCUCUGUUCAUUGAAGUCUGAGCAUCCCCUGCAGUAAUCCCAGUACCUUGUGCUAGUGCACAGAAGAUAACUGGGAGCUUCAUUCAUAGCAAAUUAACUAGAUGAUGGUCUGAAGAGGUUGCUGCAGUGCAGAUUUUUUUUUUUGUAAUUUAAUGGUAGAACACAGUGUGAGCUGUGGAGCUGGUAUUAAAAGUAAUACAAGCUACGUGUAGUGUGUGUGUGUUAUACACACACACACGUAGGAUGUUGUAAUGAAGUUAACUAAAGAUUUCAGUCCAUCAUAAACUGGAUAAGUAUCACAUUUCACUGUUUUGAAUUUUUAUUUUCUUUCUAAUAAAUGGAUUUUUAAACCAUUUUCAUCAAGUAUUCUUGCAGUGUAAUGUCUUUUUUAAUGUCAUUUCACAGUGUAUGCUUUAAUUUGCAUUUUCUGGGCAGAGUUGUGUCAUAGAACAUGUAUGUUUAAAUGGAGUCCCACAUGGAAAUAAACGUACAACAUUGUAUUUAAUACUGAAUCACAGCUUGGCAAGUUAAAAACAAGCAAGCAUUCAUUGUGACAGUGCAGAAGAAUGCAGUAAUCUUGUUUGAGAUGACAGCUAAAAUUAAUUUUCUAAAUAUUUUAGCAUUAAAGACUUUCAGCUGGAUGCCUCAUUGAAUAUGGCAGGGUGCUUCAUCAAUAGAAUCAGGAGCAAUCACUCAUGACUGUGUAAAAAUGCUACAUACACACACAGUUUUGUUUCACUCAUUACAAUGCUUUUGUUUCUGAUGGGACACAACCACAAUGUGUUGUCUGAUAUAUGACCUUACAGUUGUUCAGCACCUACCACUCUGAACAGUUUUAACCACAUCUCUUUUCGACCAGCUAUACAUAUAUUUUUGUAUGUACGCAUAAAUGAACACUAUAAACUGUACAUUGUGUAACCAGUGAGAUAAUUACAUUGAAACUUGAAAUAUUAAAGACAGCUUUGAGAUCGA